GAAAGGAACAAAAGAUGUGCGGCUAACCUUGAGUGACGCUACUGGAAGUUGGCCGAUCCCUCCAACCAAAGCGGGAUCGGCGAAUAUCGGCUAGCCCAGGGCCGAGACGGGUCAGCUUUGUCUAGAAUGAUGCACCAUCAGGUCAUCUGUCCGUGUGGAGGAGGUUCCGUAAGGGAUCUCCAUACGGGUCGUGUACCUUCUGCAAUCCUGACGCUCUUUAGUCGAAGGAUCAAUCAAUAUACGAUGGACCGUAUGGCCGGCGAUACGACCUCUCACGCACUGGCAGGACAUCAAAAGCUGCUUGGGACCAUGAAAUGGAGUUGCCAAUCCCUUCCAGUACAGAUGAAUAUGUCUUGUCCGGAGCACGAUUGGUAAAUACGCUGGAUGGACAUAUCACAAACCAUGCCUCCAUUCACAUCAAAGAUGGCUACAUCACUUCAAUCGUCGAAGGAGACAAUCACACGGAACCUGGGCUACCUGUGAUCGAUUUGAAAGGAAAGUAUGUCCUUCCUGGGCUGAUAGAUUGCCAUGUACAUUUGGCAGCCGUGCCUGGGAGACAUGGGAUUGCCGAGUCCCUCAUGCUGAGUCCAAGCACGUCCCUCCUCCACCAACCUCUUCUCUGCCAGGCCAUGCUCGAUCGAGGGUUCACAAGCGUCCGAGACUGUGCAGGAGCAACGGCAGACCUCAAGCAAGCCAUUGAAGAAGGUGUGCAUGCCGGACCGAGAUUGUUCAUUGCCGGCAAAGCGCUCUCCCAAACUGGCGGUCAUGGCGAUUUUCGAAAGCGCCAUGAAGAGAUGUCAGGAUUCUGUGGCUGCGGCUCGGGAAGCAAUUCCAUGAUAAGAAUCGUCGAUGGGGUCCCGGAUUGUCUCAAAUAUGCGCGUGAAGAGCUGAGACGGGGAGCCGACUUCAUCAAGAUCAUGUCGGGCGGCGGAGUCAUCAGCCCAAGCGACCGUAUCGACCAGGUGCAAUUUUCGGACGAGGAAAUAAAGGCCAUUGUCACCGUGGCCACGAAUGCGCGGACGUACGUCACUUCACACGCCUACACGCCAGAAGCCAUUCAACAGGCCAUCUCGCAGGGUGUCCGGUCAAUUGAACACGGCAAUCUGCUCGAUGACGAAACAGCCCAGCUGAUGGUACGGAGCGGUGUGUUUCUUACGCCAACGCUGUCAGCAUACGACACUUUGGCCCGUCCCAAGUACUCAAAGCUGCUACCUCAAUAUGCCGUGGACAAGAAUCAAGAGGUGCUCGACAAAGGGUUUCAGGCUAUCAAGAUUGCUUCCGAUGCUGGUGUCACGCUGUGCUUCGGCUCUGACCUUCUGGGUCCGAUGCAUGAGGCGCAGACGUUGGAAUUCGUUUUGCGCAGUCGUGUACAGAAACCGUUGCCGAUACUGCAGAGCGCCACGGUGAACGCGGCGAGGCUCAUACAGCAAGAGAAAUCUCUCGGCCACAUUGCUGUUGGCUUCCUUGCAGACAUGCUUAUCCUCAACUCGAAUCCUCUGGAGGAUAUCACUAUCUUGGCUGAACCGGAUCACCACUUGCUCGCUACCAUCCAAGGCGGCCGUGUAGUAUCAUCGCGUUGGUCUCGACUGCAGGUCAAACAGCAUAGGCUGACCCAGAUAGAGUAGCUGUAGUUAUUUCAUAUCCCUAAUUUACCAGGUGAAUGUGGUCAAGGCUCCUGCUACUUUGCUACGAGCACCCGUUGAGCCGGUUUUUUCCCAAGAAUAAGCGGUACUGUGUGACAGACGGACAUCAUCUUCAGAAAGAGGUUUCCAGUCGUUGUCUCUUUGGAGUCCUUUGUAUACAAGGUUCUGGUAGCGUUCUUGAUGCUCUGACUACGCUUAGCCGCAUCAGAUACCCAAUCGAGUUGAUGCUUAGGUGCUUGCUGUCUUCAAAAUGGUAGGACACU